UAAAAUCGUUACACCUUUCUCGGAGUUCAUGAUCAUCUAAAACUAAAGAGCUUCGACCGCUAUCACGAUGAAACUUCUACCACCUUUGGCAUUCAUUCUUCUCCAGUUUCAAAAUAUUCUCGGGAUGACGAUAAGGAAUACACUUAGUAAUUCCCGUCCACACCUCGGCGAAACGAUAACGCUAAGUUGUAAUAUUACGGGUGGAACCGCCAAAAGUUUAUGGUGGUGGAAAGACAAACACGGCAGCCAAGGAGCAGUAGUUCUAUCUUACAAUUGUUUAGUCUUUUCAAAGGAGUACAAAUCAAGAUUGACAAACACACGGUGUGAUAGGAAUAACUUUUAUAGUUUUCAAUUAAGUAAUGUUCAAACUUCGGACAGCGGGGAAUGGGCGUGCGAGGCUGAUGGACAAGAGGCCACAACUACACUGAGGUUGGAUGUUUUAGUUCCACCCCUCAGCCCAACAGUCACAAUUCAAUCGCCGGUCAAUGGUGGAGACACUGCAAACCUCACCUGCAAUGCCGAAAAUGUCAACGUGACGAAACCAGUCACUUAUACGUGGACUAAGAAUGGCGAACCUCUAUUACCAGAGACCGAUGCAUACGGUGCUCUUCUAAUUACACCCGUCACCCUCGGGCAUGCUGGAAAAUAUGUAUGUGUCGCAAAAAAUGAUGCUGGAUCUAAGUCAAGCAAUGCACAUGAUUUCGUUGUCAUUAGGCCACCCUCUGCACCCAGCAAACUCAAAGUAGUGAAUACAACUGCCGUUACAGUUACUCUCGAAUGGAUCUCAGAAUUCAAUGGCGAAUCGGAGCAGAGAUUUUACGUCCAAUACAAGCAGUUUUCUGAGAACUGGGAUGUUGCCUCGGAGGUUCCUCAUGGAGGAAUAACUGAUCCAGGUCUCAAGAAAGCCGUGUAUCACAAGGUUAUGGGUCUUGAGUCGAAUGUCUGGUAUAUGUUUCGGGUGCGCAUCAAGAAUUCUAUUGUGGGAACUCAGCCGAGUAACUUCAGCAACAUAACAUCUGGGAAAACAGCAGAGAAACCCCGAACGACCCUCAUGGAUGUGAACCGGAUAGACAACAUGGUAACGGUGCGCUGGAAACAAGUGACUGGUAAAUAUACGGCACUUAAGAUCGUGUACUGCCAGGAAGGUACUGAAGACUGCAGGAAUUACACCGCGCCUAACCCAAAUAAUAACAUUGCAGCCUUUUUCGUUGAUGCCGACAAGUCAUAUUAUUAUUUUGUGGUGGUUGAAGAUGGUGGAGAUGUUAUAUACAGGAGCACGGUUUUCAAGAAUGGAGUCAAUGACAAAAAGAACUCGCAAGCUGUUAAUCUUGAAACAAACACAUCAGUUUUUCCUCUCGUUGGCGGUGUGGUAGUAGGAGGAGUCAUUGUACCUGUAGCAGGCACCAUUGCUGUAUUUGUUUUGUGGAAGCGUGCACUGGCGCGAUGGGGGACGACGCAGAGUCUUCGACCUAUGAAUGGCACCGCAGAUAAAGAUGAUACAAGAAUCAGGGGGAAUCAGUUAUCUACAAAUGACACCGCAGAUUACGACGAUACGAGGAUUGAAUUUAAAACAGCCGGAAAUAGCUCUGUACAUGCCAACGUGAACACUGGGAUUGAAUACGAAAAUGAUGCAUUUCACCCUAAACGCCCGUCCGACCAGAAUGCUGCACUGCCAAUGGCUAUAGGGCAUCACAAUCCAGUACGCGCAGCCCUUGGGAACGAGCCCACGAGUUCAGAUGAUGAAGUAGACGUAGACGCCUACGACUACGUGGAUAGUCCUUCGAGAAGGCUGCAAAAUGAUUCUGGCGGAAACCCUGCUCCCGAACCUCAGGAUCAUCACACGGAACACGCAACCCCAUAUGAGCAGUUCGGGCAGGAUGUUUUAAGCAAGAAGAUAAUCGGUCAGGAGAGACAGGAGUCUGAAGACAAUGACAGCAACUUAUCAUUCCCCAUUCAGGGACAACCUGGCCAGAGCACAACUGAAAGCAGUUCAAGCCAAUCCGAUGGGGACAAUAAGCGGCCCCAAAGUCACUCAAAUGACGAUAUGGCUCACAGCCAAGUGUCAACAUAUGCCAAUUUAGGUCGAGUAGAGCCAGUUCAGCAUGGAGAAUAUCUGGACCUCAGACAUGUACAGCCAUGUCUGGAAUAAUAGUGUAUCGGUAUCUCAAUAGUCAGCGCUAAUUUGGGCUAGGGUAAUACGUAUGUGGUCACGCAGCGAUGAAAAAAGGUCUGGUCGAGGUUAAACUGACAAUAGUCCAUUUGAAAAAGACCUGACGGCCUGGUAGCUUCGCUGGUUUUAUGGGUAUG